AGGAGGAUGACAUGAUUGAUGUCGAAGAUAGAGCAUGGGGCUCACCACCACCGAUGCGCCUGAAUUGGACCCUGCCAAAGUUAUCAUGGCGAUCAUAUCGGACUUGAAGCAAGAGCGAGCCAAAGGAGAAUACCCCAAUGUACUUAUAUUGCCAGAUCGGCUGCUUUCGAGCGCACUGCCCCCGCGAUGUUGA